AUGUCCGUCCAGACAGUUCAGGCUCCCUCCAAACUUCCCGGGGAGGAUUCGCAUUCACAUGUGCCCUCGCCUUCUUCUGCACGCCGUGCCUCUAUCUCCCUUCAAGCGGCGGCGACCCUGAAUGCCGGCCUGCACCUCGAGUCGCCCUCUCAAACUUCUCCAGGCGUCCCGUUUGGGCAUCGCUCCCGCGAAAGUUUGAGUCCAGAGCGGCGCCGCAGCCAAGUCCUAAUGAGUCUUAAGAUUGCCGACCCUUCGAUACCUGCCCCUGGUGAGAUGGCUUCGGAAAGCCACAGCAGUUCAGGAAUUAUUUCUCCUUCACCCCGACUAGGACCCAUGAGACCCAACAGCGGUCGCAGCCACCACAGCCGAACCCCCAGCCUCGGCGAACUGCACCAAGAACUGGAAAACGAACAAGAACGUCAGGUCAACCGACUUCUUGGCGAAAUCCGCCGGCUGCAGGAGCAGCUCUACCGGCUACAGCAAGAAAGGGAGCAUCCCGGCGAGGACCUGUCAUCAUUGGAGCGUCCGGCUCCGGGUUCCAUUCCAUUCUCUUCUGCGCAGCCACAUAGUCAUGUACGCGCCAGCUCUAGAUCUUUGUCGCGGUCACCAGCCAGUACCCCGUUCCCAUACAGUCGCGGUUCGUACGACGUCAGUCGUACCAACAGGUCUAGGACGCCCAGCCGCCAUGCUUCACCUCGUUUGCGCUCGAUAUCCAUCAGUGCUGACAACACUGAACCGCUGAGCCUCGGUCCGUCCCGGGAUGAGAGCAUCGCGUUCUACCAGGCCGAGAACCAGUCACUUACCAGAGAAAAUCAGAUGCUGAAACAUCGCAUUCGCGAAUUGGAACGGCAACUGGCUGAAGCGCAAGGCGCGCAUGCCUCCUCCAUCACUCAUGAGCCAGGCUCCGCGUCACAUCUCAACCAGGCUAUUUCAGCUUUGGAUGAAAAUGUGCCUUCGUCUAAGCCGGCGACCGAAAAUGGAGCUUAG